AUGAAGCUUCUAUUGACGGCCGGGGUCCUGUCCUGGAUCGGACUCGGCGCAUGCGCAGUCGAAGGUCGCCAAGCCAAGAAGCCUCUGGUCGACUCGGCCAGUUUCCAGGCCCAGAUCACCAGAGAAAACUUAGAAGCAAACCUGGUCCGACUGAACGACAUCGCAACAGCCAACGGUGGUAACCGCGCCUUCGGUUACCCCGGGUACGACGCCUCGGUGGAUUUCGUCUGGGACCGCAUCUCCAGUGUCGAAGGCGCCAAAGUCUGGAAACAGGACUUUUCCGCCGUCUUCAGCAGCGAGAUCAGAGCCAACCUCACCGUCAACAACGAGAGGCUCCAGGCCUACGGCUUGUCGCAGUCCCCUGCCACCCCGGCGGAGGGCAUUACUGCCGAGCUCGUCGCCGGGCCGGACGGCACGGCGGCCUGCGAUGCAGCUUCAUACGCUGGUCGCGACGUUGCUGGCAAGAUUGUGUUGGUGAGGGAGACGCUGUGCGAUGGCUUCCGCGACGGGUACCACGCCGGUGUCAUGAAGCCGGCUGCGGCCGCUGGUGCUAGUGCGGUGAUCGUGAUCUCGACGUUUGAGUUCAAUCUCACCGCGGGCACGCUUGGUCCAGCUGACGAUGGCACCUACGUCCCGACCGGCUUCGUGAACAAGUUCAUCGGGGAUCCGCUCUGGGAUCGUCUGAUUGCAGGAGAGGUCCCGACGGCUUCCUUCUGGGAGGAUGAGUUUGUCGACAGCCGGGUGACCCAGAAUGUCUUUGCUGAGACCGAAGGGGGAGAUCCCGAAAAUGUGAUUGUCCUUGGUGCUCACCUAGACAGCGUUGCUUGGGGCCCGGGAAUCAAUGACAACGGAUCUGGAUCAUCUUUACUACUAGAAUUGUUCCUAGCCCUCAGCAAGUACACCGUCAACAACAAGAUUCGCUUCGCAUGGUGGGGUGCCGAAGAAAGAGGGCUCAUCGGCUCACGUUACUACGUCAAUAACCUCCCUGCAUCCGAGGCAGACAGCAUCCUGGCGUACCUCAACUUCGACAUGGUGUCCAAGGGCUACUACGGCGUAUUCGACGGCGACGGAGCUUCGUACGGUGUGCCGGCGCCGGCCGGCUCGGAUGUCAUCCAGGAGUUGUUCACCGCCGAACUCAUCGCCAAGGGAUUGAGCGUCACAGCGGCCCGGUUCACCAACGGAAGUGACUACGCAUCGUUCUGGCAGGUUCUCAACAAACCGAUCGGAGGUCUUCACACCGGCACGGCAGACCCGUGUUACCAUCAAGCAUGCGACGAUAUCAAGAACCCGGACUUCGAGCAGCUUGCGAUAAAUGCGAAGGCAAGUUCCUGUUCCGCCACCGCCCAUGUCCUUUCGGCGCUCGCUGUGGACGGAACGAAUCUCAUCAAGAAGCUGGCGGGCCGAGAGCUCGUGUCGCGUAGCGGAAGGGAAAAGCGUGACAUUGCGCUCGUGGAAGAGUCGGAUGAAGAACAUCAUCACUGUUGA